AUGAGACGGGUCGCACACUGUGGACGACGUCAGUUAGACGCUCUAUCUUACUUUUUCAUCUUAGUAACAAAUAAGGGCCCCACAACGACAUUUUACACCUGUCCGCCUCCGUCGAGAAUGCACCGCGCCGAUGAAGUUGGCCCCGGCCAACGUUUGGCGACGAUAUCCAGUAAAAUGUAUUGUAACGGGAAUCGGUUUGCCGAAUAUCUGGUUCGUUUUGAGUUACCGACUGGCGAUGACACAAUGAUGAACGAAACGAACGAUUAG